UGUGCAGUAUCCUAGCGCACUAAGUCUCAUUGGCAAAAUGGAAAAGUCUCCCAUGAUCGACAUGGACGAAGCGCACAAGAUCCUGCAGGUGGCGCGAUUCUACUACACUCUGCAUGCCAUACUUCAACACUCAAAAGCUAAGGGAUGCAGUGAACAGGCUAAGCUCCUAUGGGUUUGAUGACUCUGUUGAAGCCGCUAAGGACGUGUUACUAAAGGCAGUUAAGACAUACCUCAAGCUCACAUCUUUCGACGUAGCAGCGAAUGAUCUAACGAGAGUCCUGAGUGCUGUAGAAGAGAACAACUCACAGGAAAAGGAGUACGAUGCAACCAUUCUGUUCAACAUCGAUGAUGAAGCAUCUAGUAACAUACGUACACAGAUUACAAAAUAUCUUCAAGACAAAAAUGUACUUCUUUUGCCAUCCCCGAAUAUGGCAGGAGCAAGAGAAUUCAAAGAUUUAGAAGAGGCAAUAGGAAUGGUGCGAUGGUUGAUUCUGAUCAUCAAUCAAGAUAGCAUACUCCAUAACACACCGUUCAAGCUGCAGACCUUGAGCAUUCUGGCAGACUGUGUCAAAAGUAAGAAAGUAAGAAUUAUCCCGGUCAUCCACAACAUGACUGAAAGUGUCAACGGUAACCAAGCUGAGGGUAUCUCCUCUGACAACGGCAACUCAGCCGAUGGUGUCUCCUCGGACAACGGUAACCAAGCUGAGGGUAUCUCCUCUGACAACAACAACUCAGCCGAGCUUGUCUCAUCUGACAGCUGUAAUUCAGAUGAGAGUGACAACAGCCACUUUUCUACGGAAAACGGCACCAUGACUGAGGCUGGCAUUAUACCAGAUCUUUUUAAAUGGCUGACUUACAUUGACACUCGCACAAAAGGAUUUGAACAUCGAGUUUACCAAGCAUUGAGAGGAGAAGACAUCCCACUGACUUUAGACGCCGGGCACAUUCCCGCUGGAAACAUCGGUUACGGUCUAGCCUGGGGCUACGUCCUGAAUUACCUCGAGUUUGUUCUUUCACAGCUUGGACAACCUCUCCAGGAUCUUCUCAGAGAUAGGACGAAGAUAAGUCAAUGCCCGGAUAAACUCUACCUGUUGGUACCGGAAACAUGCAAUUGUCCAGGAGUCGUCGACGACAAACAUGUCAAACAUGUCCUGUCCCUGGAUUCGAAAGAUGACUAUCGUGGUGGAGCGAACAUCCUCAAAAGCUUGGAUAUUUAUAGCCUUGCAGACAUUUCUGAUGAAUCAAAGAAGCACAACUUCAUCGGACAAUACCCAGCCCCAUUACGCACUCUUAGUUUGAUGAAUGAAUGCAGGGUGGCCGGUAUCAACCUGAAAUCAAUGAAGAGGGAACUACGGCGAUUCUGUCAUACUUUACAAGAUAUUCUUCAAAGCCCAGUGGGCGAGAAAUUACGUAACAAGUGUGAACUGGUCUUCUAUGAUGACAAUGACUGCGACGACCUUCAAAGGCAGCUAUCAAAAAAAUUGCAUUGUCACUCACAACUGAAGCGGAAACAAGACGUGAACGACUCUCAGUGCAGUGGUGUUAAAUGUCCACGUUACUAGCCAAUGAAUUAGUGUAUGGAUCGAUAUAGCAGUAUCAAUAGGUCUCUAAUAAGACUUGGAAUUGUGAUGCAUUUAAACGUUACAAAAUAAUCAAAAUAUUUCCUUAAAAAUCUUACUGACAUGCAUCCAGUGAUUAUCUUUUUCUUCCAAAUGUUGUGUUUAUACAAUGUAUAUAUAUUAUUUAUAUCCUAUAUUAUAUACUUGGUGUUGAUAUUAAUGUGAUUUUUGCGAGCAAUGAUUAUAUAUGGUUUUGAUAUUGCCAUUUGAUAUGGCAAACAGCCAGGGUCAUUUUGAGGCGGGAUGGCCUUGUAGUACUUGGCGAUUACCACACUGAUCAACGCACAGAAGAUCCGUCGUAUGGCACCCAGAGCACUAAGGACACAGCCACGACAGUACAGACCGGUCAUUUUCUCAGCUUCCCGACAUGAGCAGAGAGCGUCAAAACACGUUCCUCGGAUCUUCACCUGAGAUUACAUAUAAUGCGCUUUAACCGACUGAGGUAUCGCGGUCCCUUUAUCAAAGUUACAUUCGCUUAAUAGUUACUAUUUGCAUAAGUGUAAUAUAAGUUAUAAAGAAAAUAAUAAGUAAUGUUUAGUUAUAUAGUAUUUACAAAAUGUCAUAGUACAAAAGUAAGCCAAUAUUAGCCGGUCUGUACUGUUGUGGAUAGUAAUCAUAGUACAAAAGUAAGCCAAUAUUAGCCGGUCUGUACUGUCGUGGAUAGUAAUCAAGUGUUGGGCACCUUAUCCCCUCGGCCACAGCGGACCCUAAGAUACAGGAACUGAAACUUGUGCACGAUUCACAAUAGUAACGAAUAACAAUGGACAUCGUUUUACUGUGUUACAUAUACUUUAAGGUGACUUAUCAUUAUUAGUGAACUGUCACAGAGCGUUUGCAUGUGUGUGGAUUUUUUUUUUGGGGGGGGGGGGGUGUGGUUGCGGUUGCGGUUUGGGGGUGAGCAAAUGUUGUAAUUUAACUGCAGGAUAAGUAAAAAGUCGUCUAUUUCAAACUCUACUAGGAUAACGUACACAGUAUAUGUAAUACUAUCAUGUACCCUUGCAAUUACUGUCUGACUAGAAUCAUGUUUAUAAAUGUAUUUCAUCUUUGUGUU